UCUUCGUGCCUUACCGACGUGCUUGCUCCACAGACCGUAAUCUGUAGCAGAGCAGUAAGCAACCGUUUAUUUUCGUCUCGCAGUUAGUCAAAUUGCAUCGUCGCACGCGUACAAUACAACAAACGCUUACGCGUAGAUAUACAAUAAUUGCAGUUCAUAAAUUUAUCUGUGCAUACUCUACCAAAGUGUUAACUAGUUUGCAACUUUAAGUUGAAUCGCCUUGUUAUUGAAUUUAGUUAUUUUACAAAGUAUAUUUGUACAUUCGAACGCGUUUAUUGUGCUUGUGAAUUUCGAGAACUCGCCGUUUGAUUGAGCAACAGUUUUCACUGGAAUUCCGUCAUAAAAGAAUCAGCCCACCACCGCCAACGAAAACGCCUACAUACAACCACACAACACACCAGUAACAGUCGCAUGCACGUGUAGUGGUUUCAACGCUUAGUAGUGUGCGUGGAAAAAACAACAACAAAGUUUAAAUAUUAUUAUACAACGUUAGCGAAGGUGUUAGACCAACAGCUGAAAAGCACUAAUAACAGCGCGCCAACAAAUAUUAACGACAACGUUCAUCAUAAAAAGUAGCAACAAAAAGUGUGUAAACAACUACUAAAACAACCAACGAAACAACUACAAAUUAAGUGCGCAUACAGUACACACGUCUGGUCGUGAAGUAAAGUGUCAAAGCGAAGCGAUUUAAAUCACUUCGCCGCCACCAACGCACCGACAUACAAACCAUAUCCACAACGAAAACACAAACGAAAUAACAGCGCAACGUCGCCUUCGUUGAAAACCGUUUCACAUACAGUCCACCCUCCACAAGGAAAGCGCCCAGCGUUAUUACUGUUAUCGGCCGCGAUUGCACGCAUACAGCAACACCACGCAGCACCAAUACGAGCGCACCAAAAGCAGCCGAAACAUUUACAGCUACACCAACACACUGCAACGCUGUCCGACUAGUAGUAAAUAAGUGAGCGCAACGAUAACUAAUACGCUCGUAAUUAACGCGCACUCAGCCAGCAGUCAACGCGCCACACGUCGCGCUAUCAGUUGAUUUGUUCGUUUAAGCACCGCGUGUCAUACGCCGCACGUCGCGCAUCGUCGACUACUCGUGUUGUCGCUCCAGCAUUAGCGAGUGCAACGUCGACUCCCCCGCCUUUAGGCUAAUAACGGUGAUAUUCACUACUUGCUUUAAUUAUUGUCAGCGUUGAGUGAGAUUGCGCUUUGUCUAAGCGUUAAAGUAGCUGUAACGGUGCUAUUGGGGAGCGUGAGCGUAAUAAGAAAGUCGAGUGCACACAUACACACGCAUAGGCGCUUAGCUGAAAAAUAAAACGACACAUAGGCACACACACACAAGUGCAGACACAGCAGCAGCAGCAGCAGCAGCAGUAAUAGCAAUAGCAACAGCGAAGCCAAAAGCAACGACAAAAUGUUCGCUGUAAUGAGAAUCGACAACGAUGACUGCCGGUCGGAUUUCCGCCGCAAGAUGCGUCCAAAGUGUGAGUUCAUUUGCAAGUAUUGCCAGCGGCGUUUCACCAAACCUUACAAUCUGAUGAUUCACGAGCGCACCCACAAAUCACCCGAAAUAACGUACUCCUGCGAGGUCUGCGGCAAAUACUUCAAGCAACGCGACAACCUGCGUCAACACAGAUGUAGUCAAUGUGUAUGGCGAUAAACAGCAAACGCCAGCUCAAACUUAAGCACUUCUUCUCUCAUGCACUUAAAUUAAAAACGCUAAAGCGAAAAAGCAAAAACGUGAAACAGUAUAUAUAAAUAUGACAUACCUAUAUAAAUCACCUAAAACCCAGCUAUAAAAAGCAAGCAAAAAUGUUGCACACACGCACGCCCAUAACGGUACGCUCUUACCACCACUUGCACUUUGCACGCAUACAAAAACAACAGCAGCAAUAAUUUGGCAAAAUAUUUAAAUAAGUAAUAAUAAAGUGAAGCAGACUUUGCACUGCAAACGCUCAUGGCGCGGCGCUGCAAUCGGUCUUCAUGUGGUGGCUCUUGCUCUCGGCAUUGUUGGUGAACGGGGUGUUUGGUGUGUUGGAAAUGUUUGAAAUGAACUUGUGGUGAUUGGUUUUAUUGACGGCGGCAGAAUAAGUGCAGCUUCCAUAAACGGACCAUCAAUGCAAGUAAAUUUGUAAAUACAUACAUACAUAUAUAUAUGCGCUUGCUUGCGCGUCAACUAAAUUUUCCAUAAUUACUGGCAGUUUGGUGAGUGGUGAAACAACUCUUUUCACACACAUUAUAUUAUAAGCACAAUUUCAUAGCACUCAUUGCAUUUCGCACUUGGAAAAAUGGCAAAUAUUGCACACAUACACACACAUUCAUCACAUUAUAAGCACUUCCACAACUGUAUAUAAACAUCUAUACAUUGUAAUGUAUAUGAAAAGCACAAAGUUCAUCAGCAUUCGAGCUCCUUCAUUGCGUACACGCUGUGUGGCACUCAAGACGCAAGGACGCUUCGAAUGUUUCCAUAAAAAUAUACAUACAUACAAGCAGUCACGCAAUAAUCCAUCAAAAUAAGAAGUGAACUGCAUUACAGAAAUAUAUAUAUGUAUAUAUAUCUAUAUAUAUAUACGAGUACAUAUGUGUAAAUCUGUUUUUUGUUUUGCUAUAGAAGUAUGCACAUGGAUACUUGCGGACGCAUUUACUAAACAAGCAAACAAAACUCGCGGAAACUCCAAAACAACUCAUAUACAUAUGUAUGCGUUAAAGCUCUACAAUGAAAGCGCACCCAAUGCUUGAACUAAUUACCCAACUGGAAUAACAGUAGAUAAGUAAGUACCAACAGUACGCCACAUAGAUCCACCCAAGAGCCGCGGACGUGCGCCAAUAGUCACCCAACUGCCUUCGAUUCAAUUAACUGCAGCCAAUAACAACAAUAACAACAACAACAACGUCGCCGUCAUCUGCGGCGCUGGCCAAAAAGCGCAAUUAAGCGACGACUUUUUGCGUUUUUUAACUUCAGCGUCACGCAGCGCAUCUCAAAUCGAGCGCCGAACGAAGAAGCAGCAGCAAAACGCAGAAAUCUUUGCUUGUCACAAACCACCAUGCAUGAGUCAUGAGCGCACAACAAUCUUUGCAGUCAACUUUUCAACUUCACAUACAAGCAUACACACACGCACACACACUCACUUACACCAGCAAAUAGUUUCGAACGUGCAAUGUCAGCAAAUCAGCGUUGUCCAGUGCCCCAACAGGAGUGCCUGCUGUGUCUUCAAGCUGCAGCGGGCGCACAGCGUAGUCUAUUUAGCAGCCGUAGGCGCAACCAAUGCAAGCGCGCACACGCGUAAACACCUAUCCAGUUCUUGCAGUUCUGCGCGCAUGCCCACGCGUCCGCAGAAACGCAUCGUGUUGCAACAACUACCACUGGUGCGCUCCUUCAGCUAAUUGUGCACUGUGUCUGUGCUGCGUUUAUGUAAUUUCGUCAACAGUAAUUAUUAUUAUUAUAUUAUAUUUUUUUAUUACUUUAUUACUUGUCUUUGGUUUGUUAUAAAAAUGCGAAUUUCCUUGUUAAACAAAUUCUCUUCUCUGCGUACGCUUUUAAGCUUUCUUCUAUAUAUUUAAGCGCUUGUUUAUUAUUUUUCUAAUUUCAAAAAACAAAAAAAAAACAAAGCAUUUAAUUAAACUAAUUUAAUAAAGUAUUGAAUUUUGUCGGUUUCGAUUUCGUUUAAGCUUUUAAUAUAAAUGAGAAA